AUGGAAGAGCAGCACUUUGAAAAGGAGCAACAAAAUAGCACCGAAGAGUUUAAAGAGUUACGAGGAUCCAAAAAUGUUGAUAUAGGCCUAGUCCGGCCCGGACGUUACAAGAGUGACUGCUGGCGAUGGUUUGUCAGCAUUGCCCUGUACGCAUCAGCGCUUGUUCUGGGAAUGGCCAUCUCUGUACUGGGACCUACCCUUGAAGACCUGGCUAGUAAUGUCAACAAAAGCAUUAGUAACUUGUCCUAUAUAUUUGUGGGUCGCUCAGCAGGAUAUGCUGGGGGCUCUUUGUUAGGAGGGAUCCUGUUCGACAUUGUCAGUCCCCAUAUGUUACUGGGCUUGUCGUUGUUAAUCACAUCAUCUGGGAUGUUUGGGACUCCAUUCUGUAAAAAUGCUUGGCUGCUCACUGCUCUGAUAUCCAGUGUGGGGGUGUCAAUGGGAGUUAUAGACACGGGUGGUAAUGUUCUCAUAUUGGACACGUGGGGAGAGCAGGCCGGACCGCACCUGCAGGCUUUUCAUUUCAGCUUUGCUGCUGGGGCAUUUGUCUCCCCAAUAAUAGCCAAGUUGCUCUUUGGUCACAAGCCUGGCAAAAACGCCUCCGCCGAUGCAACCACAAUGUCUGAAAACUCUUCCAGCACAAUCCUUCCAUUUUCCCAUCCCACGAGAUCUUUUCCAACAUCUAUGUGGGCAUACGUUGUAAUAGGUGUGUUUGUUUUAUUGGUGUCACUCUCCUUUUUCAUCCUGUACUUUCGCAGUCCGCCGAUCUCAAGUCGAAAAAAGACAGCCAAUGGAAAGCAGGUGUUCUCCAAACGCCACAACACUCUCAUAUUUCUGCUCUCUAUGUUCUUUUUCUUCUACGUUGGAAGUGAAGUAGCAUACAGCUCUUUUAUAUUCACAUACGCCAAAGACUACGCUGGUAUGGAUCAGGCACGGGCAGCGGGGCUAAAUUCACUCUUCUGGGGAACAUUCGCCGUUGGCCGUGGUCUGGCCAUCUUCAUUGCAGCUUGUCUGCGCCCAGGCACCUUGAUCUUGCUUUGUCUAGUGGGCACUACAGUUUCCUCACUGCUGCUGCUCCUUUUCAGCCGAAAUGACCCUGUGUUGUGGACCUGCACUGCUCUACUUGGUAUCUCGAUGUCUACCAUCUUUCCCAGUGGGAUUUCAUGGGUGGAGCAGUACACAACGGUGACGGGGCGUUCAGCUGCAGUGUUCGUGGUGGGCGCAGCACUUGGUGAGAUGGUCCUGCCAGCUUUGGUUGGCUUUUUGCUGGGUCAUGUGCAGAAUCAGCCGUUGUUGAUGUACUUGGCAUUUGGCACAUCCGUCUUCACAUCAGUUCUCUUCCCUGUCAUGUACAAAAUCAUUUCACGAGAAAGAGCGACGGGCAAAAGCAACCAAGGUGACAGUGAGUAUUCCCAAAGCCCACAAGACAACACGGAGGAGCCAAACAAUGAAAAGAAAGCUGAAUAUAAAGAUUCAUAUGAUUCAAGUCUGAAAAAAUCUGCAGCCUAA